ACAAAGCCUCCCAUGAAAGUCAAAGCCUUCUCGUAAAACUUGCGAAAGACAAAGACUCUACAAAAACAAACCUUCCUGUAAAAGAUGAUAAAAGUCCAAGCAUCUAUAAAGGUGAAGCCUCUGGUAAAAGGCAAUACCUGGGAGGCUGCGCCAUAGUUCAAAUAUGA